AUGGCGUCCACCCUUACUCCCAUAUCCUCUUCCCUUGCCGUGAAACGUAUUGACGCCUCGACACAGACCUGCGGCCAGGACCUGCAGGUCACGGAAGCGGUCAUGAAAAUCGCCCUCCAAGACCCCAUCCUCCAGAAGACGGCCGCUCUCCACGUUGUGGAAGAACUGCACAAGAUCAUAUCAGUUGUGGUGUAUGUCUGGGAGGUGGGCGACAGCUAUCCUCAUUUCGCCUUUCAAGACGUCAAGUCUCCCUCAGAGCUACCUCUGCGAGACAUCGAGAUGGUCGACUACUACGUCGAGAAGGAGGAUUGCAUCGUUCUUUAUUGGGGAACGAUAUCCAACUGGGAGGUCAGCACCUUCGAGGUGGGCAAGGUCCCGAUCGACGACGGGACUCGUGCCAUCUUUGUCCGCAUUGGUCGGCCGCGCGGUGUGUGCAAGGGGCUAGGUGAGAAGCUGUAUGCUAUGGACAUUGCCAACGCCAGUCGAAUGCAACAGCCUCUGGCCGACUUCCGGUGGGCCAAGAACCCCUCCAAGGGCGGCCGCGUCCCUGUUUUCAUAUGGCCUAAGGAGGACGGCGAACGCCCCAUCGCGUUCCACCUUCCGUCACUAAAAAACCGGACUUUCGAAUGGGUCCUUAACUGGCUUCGAGAUGAAGGAGGCUACGACGCCCUGCGCGAGGGGUGGAUGGUCUGGAACGCUCGAAGCUCCCGGUGGCAGGUCCACAACGUAACGGACACCAUCCUUUUCGAAAGUGAAAAAACUCUCCUUCUCCGGCACGCUCAAAACAAGUGCGCCCUAUACGCCGGUUUGUUCAUCAUGGAGAUCGAGGACUGCAAAUGCGUGAAAACCGGUCACGGAGACGAGUUCUCCUUGGGCGUGGGCGAUGGCGCCCAUCAAGAGGACGCAUCACGGAAGAGGCAGCGAAACACGAAUCGCGAGAACGCGAAGAGGAUCAAGCUCGAAUGA